AUGGCGCUCAACAGCCAGGGGGUCAUUCUUCGCACUGCAGAGGAUACAGACAACGAUGUGCAACUGAGACUUCGCAACUGGGAAAGCCAAGCAUGGAAGGAAUGGCCAUCAAAAGCUCAGUUUGAGGGGUUAGAAGAGCAUCGUGGACCAGUACAGCUGACGGUCAAGGGUACUAUUCCCUCAUGGGCUGCCGGCUCUCUGUUCAGAACCGGACCCGGGCUGGAUAGAGUAGAGGGCACGGUCAGGGGCACCCACUUCAUCUCUCACUGGUUCGACGGCAUCGCCCAUAGCCAUCGAUUCGACAUUGUCCCUUCCCAAGACGCCGAUGGCAGCGCAACCGUGACGUACUCUUCACGGCGACACUCAGACGAGGCCGUUGCGGAGAUCAAAAAGAAGGGCUGGCCAUCGAGCAUCACCUUUGCCCAGCGGGCUGACCCAUGUAUCGGAAUCUUUGCCAAGGUCAUGACUGUAUUUGUUCCCGGCAAAAGCAACAACAACGUCACUGUCAUCCCAGACAUGCCCGGCGGUGACGAUGUGGAGCAGGGAGAUCCGUCAAAGGGCAAGGCCUUGUACGUGCUCACCGACAGCGCGGCCGUCAGCAAGCUCGACCCAAAGUCACUCGAGCCCAUUGGCAACGCCAACCAGACGUCUCUCCAUCCCGACCUGAAGGGACCGAUUUCUUGCGCUCACACGCAACGUGAUCCGGAGACAGGCGACUUAUUCAACUACAACCUGGAGCUCUCCGCGCCUCAUCCGACGUACCGCAUCUUCCGGGUCAACGCCCAUGACGGGACAACCGAUAUUCUCGCCACCAUUUCCAGCAAGGACUUUCCGGCGGCGUACAUGCACAGCUUCUUCAUGACGCAGAGUUACAUUGUGUUUUGCGUCCAGUCGACGCAGUUUGCGUGGGCAGGCAUCAAGAUUCUCUGGGAGAGGAACAUUCUCGACGCCAUCAAGCCGUUCGACCCCUCUGUUCCAUGCAGGUGGGCGGUGGUAGACCGGAGACAGGGGAAAGGCGUCGUGGCCGAGUUUUCGACUCCAGCUGGCUUCUUUUUCCACUCGGCGAAUGCUUUUGAGGAGAUGGUCAAGGAUGAGAGCGGGAACAGCCAUACGGAGAUUUGCAUGGAUGCCAUCUCGUACAGGAACACUGACGUCCUGCGCAUGUUCUACUAUGACAUUCUCCUUGACCGGAACGACGCUACGAAGAAGACAAUGCUCGACAAGCAAUUUUACAAAACCACCCAGAACCGUCUCUCGCGUUAUCGCUUCCGGAUCCCAUCCAAGAAACAAUCGUCCAAGGAAAAGGCAUCUGCGGUAGCAGAAGAGGUUCUCUCCAUUCCCACCCCUCACGUGGGUGAACUCCCCACCAUCAACCCCAAGCUCGCCGGCCAGCCAUACCGAUACGUCUACUCCGUAGCCAACAGAGGCCUCUACGUCUUUGCCGACUCCAUCGCCAAGACGGAUUUGCACACCAAGGCGGCCCUCCUCUGGAGCGGCCCCAAGGGGCAUUCCCCCGGCGAAGCCAUCUUUGUGCCACGGCCGGGAGGUACUGAUGAAGAUGACGGGGUGCUGUUGUCCGUGGUGCUGGACGGGACGCUGGAGAAGUCGUAUUUGCUGUGCUUGGAUGCGAGGACGAUGGAGGAGGUGGGCAGGGCGGAAGCGGACUUUGCGAUUCCGCUGGGUUUGCAUGGUGCGCAUCAGGCGAGGGGGAACCUCUGA